UAUAUGACGUGGCAACAAACAUGAUUUACUCGCAAGACAUGUGUUGCAGACGUUGUCAUUAUCCGAAACACACGUGUCAGAAACUCAACGGAACAUUCAGAAACACAACCAUGUUCACAUUCUCGUACUAAAAGAAUCUAUCUAUUAAUCAUAUUCCAAACCUCAAAAAGAUCAAUGGCGGAUUUUCAUCUUCCUUCCGAAAUCCAAAACGAAACCGAUCAGAUUCCGGACGAAGAUUUCGAAGAAACCGCUGCUUUCAUCGACGAGGAUUACCUCAACUACCUUCACUAUUUGGCUUCACGGAGCAACCAUGGAUUCGACACGUUUGGGUCUUACGAUGAAAUCUUUGGUCAAGUGUUGGGCAAUUCAUCUUCUACGCGGCGAUCGGAAGCGGCGGAAGAACUUCCGGUGGUGGAAUUGACGGCGGAGGAGCUGGUGGAGAGAGGUCUUGUGGUUUGCGCCAUCUGUAGAGAGGAGCUAGCUGCUAAUGAGAGACUCUCUGAGCUUCCUUGUCGACAUUAUUACCAUAAAGACUGUAUCUCUAAUUGGUUGACUAAUCGGAACACUUGUCCGCUUUGCCGUCUCAAUGUUAGAAAUUAGUUUGGUUUUAUUCGGUUUUCUUGAAUUUCUAUUUUUCUAAUGUUGAUGUUGAUAAAGUCUUCUUUAUUUUAAUAUAUCACAAGAACAUUUGAUGUAUUGCCUGUUUCUAUCAAUCGAACAAGAAGUUGUUUAGACUAGUUUUU